UGGAAGGGGGCGGGGCCCUACGAGCGAGGCUCGCUGCCGCGGGCUGGGGGCGCCCUGGGCUGCCAUAAAGUGAAUGGGCGCCGGCUGGGGGUGGCAGUCCGCGCCAAGGCUCACUCUCUCCCUUUGCGAGUCCGGGAGCGCCAGAGCGGAGCUGCGGCCCGGGCGCAGGGGGACGGCCCCCACCCCGGCCGGGUGCCCGGCCCACGGCCCCUGCCUGCCCUCCAGACUACGGCCGCCACUGCCGCUGCCGGGAGUCUGCCUGCUGCGGGACUCACUAGUCUUCCCUCCAUGGAGUUCGGCCUGCUCAGCGAGACAGAGGCCCGGAGCCCGGCCCUGUCGCUGUCAGAUGCGGGCACUCCCCACCCUCCUCUCCCAGAACACAGCUGCAAGGGCCAAGAACACAGCGACUCGGAGAAGGCCUCAGCUUCACUGCCCGGAGGCUCCCCCGAAGACGGCUCGCUGAAGAAGAAGCAGCGGCGGCAGCGUACUCACUUCACCAGCCAGCAGCUGCAGGAACUAGAAGCAACCUUCCAGAGAAACCGCUACCCUGACAUGAGUACGCGCGAAGAGAUCGCCGUGUGGACCAACCUCACCGAGGCCCGCGUACGGGUUUGGUUCAAGAACCGGCGCGCCAAGUGGCGAAAGCGCGAGCGCAGCCAGCAGGCGGAGCUUUGUAAGGGCGGCUUUGCGGCGCCGCUGGGGGGGCUGGUGCCGCCAUACGAGGAGGUGUACCCCGGCUACUCCUACGGCAACUGGCCACCCAAGGCCCUCGGCCCGCCGCUCGCCGCCAAGACCUUCCCGUUCGCCUUCAACUCGGUCAACGUGGGGCCUCUGGCUUCGCAGCCCGUCUUCUCGCCACCCAGCUCCAUCGCCGCCUCCAUGGUGCCCUCGGCCGCGGCCGCCCCAGGCACCGUGCCUGGGCCCGGGACCCUGCAGGGCCUGGGCGGGGGGCCCCCCGGGCUGGCUCCGGCCGCAGUGUCCUCCGGGGCAGUAUCCUGCCCUUACGCCUCGGCUGCCGCAGCAGCUGCUGCGGCCGCCUCCUCCCCCUACGUAUAUCGGGACCCGUGUAACUCGAGUCUGGCCAGCCUGAGGCUCAAGGCCAAACAACACGCCUCUUUCAGCUACCCCACGGUGCCCGGGCCGCCCCCGGCCGCCAACCUCAGUCCGUGCCAGUAUGCUGUGGAACGGCCCGUAUGAGUGACCCUGCCCAUGGAUCAUCCUCGAGGGCGGGGGCGAUAAUUCUCAGCCUCCCCGGACUGGGGACGUCUUGACUGGCUUGUCCCCGCCCCGGAGUCUGAGAAGGAUGCUGGGGCAGCUGGGGGCGGGAGAGCGGCCGACUCAGGAGACAGCCUUCCCCCUCCCAACCCUGAGGGGUGGACUGGGCCCUACACAGUCUGCGCUCCUGGGACUAAGGCCAGGAACAGGGACCAGUUCCCCGGGGGCCAACUCACCCUUGGCCCACCCCACCUUCUCCAGGUGCCCCCUCCCCCCAUUUAUCAUUUUCAAAGAUAAAUGAAAUAAACGUGCGCGGACUGUCAAA